AUGCUGACAACAGCUCGAAUUGCCGUCCUCCGGACCAUUCGUCCGACCAUUGCGCUCUGUGGCAGCCGCAACAUCCCUCGUGGUCUGACCGUCAAGAUGGAGGUGGCGACUGAUGUGGCCGGCAAUCCCAUUAGCCCCGACACCAACAGCGAUGGUUCGGUCCGCCAUUUGAAGUACAAGAACGGUGUCAUGGGCUUUAACUACGGUGCCAUUCCACGGACCUGGGAGGAUCCCGAGGUGUCGUACCAUGGCUACGCCGGCGAUAACGACCCGCUCGAUGUGGUUGAGCUCUCGGAUGGCGCCCUUCCCCUGGGCGCGGUGGUUCCGGCCCGGGUCCUCGGCGUCCUCGGUCUGGUUGACGAGGGUGAGCUCGACUACAAGGUCAUCACCCUCCGGGCGAGCGAGGCUGCCCGGCGCGGAUGGUCCGACAUCGACGACGUACCAGCAGAGGUUCAGGCCGACAUCAUCGACUGGUACCGCAACUACAAGACCGCCGAGGGCAAGCCGGUCAACGAGCUGCUGUGGGACGGCACUAUCCGUGAUGCCGCUGCCGCCCUCGACAUCGUCCGCCACACCGCCGACGCCUACGCCGGUCUUCGGGCCGAUCCUGAGCGGGCCACGCGCCUCGGUCUCGCGCUCUGA